CCUUGUUUUCAUUGCUUUAUGCUCUUUAUGUGACAUCUUUUUAUAAGAAAUGAAAAAAUUAUUAAUUUUACAAUUAACUAUCAUAUUACACAAUAAAGAAUAGUUUAUUCUAUCAGUAGAAUAAAUUAUUAGAUUUAUAUACUAAAUGGUUAUUAGUUUUAGCGCUAAGCAGUUAUUUUGUGAAAAAGAGUUUACUCGUAUAGGGGAUGGAAAACAUUGGCAAAAAAUGUUUUUUUUUGAGAAUCAAGUGCUUUUUCGUAAAAUAAGUAACCUCAAUUACUUUAAUAAAAUGAACAAUCGAAUAUUUCACUGAAUAUCUUGAAGUCAAUAAAUUUCUACAAUGGAAGAUAAAAUAGCCUUUGUUCACUUGUCGGUGGAACUGAAGGUUUUAAAUAUCACUUAUGCCUUGAAUUCAACAAUUGAAGAUCUUUGCAUUAAGGUCUGCAGACAACUGGGAAUAGGACCAAUAGCAAGAAACCUGUUUUCUUUGCGAAAUUUUAAAAAGAAGUAUUGGUACCCACCAGGCCAUUUGCUCGAUGGCAAGGAAGAUAAAUUCGAGUUUCGCAUAAGAUUCAAACCUUCUUCUUUGAACAGAUUAAGAAGAAUUGAUUCCAAAGCGUACGAAUAUUUUUUUCAGCAAGUAAGACUCGAUGUUAUGGAGAAUAGUGUAUCGGAAAUUGUGUAUGAAAAACACAAAUCAGAACUUAUUGGGCUUGGUGUCUGUGAUAUGUAUAGAGUAAUGCUCGAAAAGAAAACAUCUCGUGAAAAUGUUCAAUCGGAUUAUAAAAAGUAUAUUCCAAAGGAGUGCAUUAAAAGGCAUUCGUUUUUUAUUAAGAAACCAAUACAAAAUUCUCUGGCACGAUUGUCGGGCUAUGAUGCACCCUACGUGAAGGAACAGUAUUUAGUGCAAUUCGAGUCCAUGGCUCCCAAUUAUCCCUGUGAAGAUCACAAAGCACUCUUGCAAAAGGGAACGGAUAAUACUUUGUCGCGGGUAACACUAAGAGUCACGUCUGAAAAAAUAAAUUAUUGCGAAGUGGACGAUAAGUGGAUUACACUUUGCACUAUCGAAGACCUUUGCACCGUGUCCAUGAGUCCUGAUUGUACAGUGGAAAUAGCGAGGAGAGUUGGAAUACCUUUGUAUUUAAAAUUUAGUUCAAAUGCAUUACUAUUGUCUUUCGUUUCUGCUCUCGAUGGUUACUAUAGGUUAACAAUUACUUGGACUUUUAAUUUGUGUCGUGAAGUUAUAACACCAAGUUUAGCCGCUCUAUCCAAAAUGAAAUGCCACGGUCCUGUAGGGGGAGAAUUCUCGUAUGCAAAGCUAAAAGAGAAGCGAGGCAAUCGUUCCGGAACGUACAUUUUACGAGAGAGCGAGACAAUGUACAAUGUUAUUUAUCUCGAUGCUUGCGGGAGAGAUGGGAAACCAAGGACUCACAGAAUAAAUCAAAUAGGUCCCAAUGAUUUUAUUUUAUCGGGAACUAUUCAAAAGUUCACAUCCCUUGCUCACUUGAGGAAAACAUAUCGAGACCCUGAAGGACAACUCUACCUCGGUGAAUGUAUACCAGCUUCAGAAAAUGACAAAUCUCAACUGCUACUUUGUGCUAAAGAAAGAUUAGAAUUAGAUGUGAUUGCGGAUCAGGAAUUCAUAUCAGAUUUAUUAAAUGCAAGACCUGCUGUAAUUCUACACUCAGAAUUACAGGUUUACAAAGCACAACCUCUCCCCGAAAAUAAAGAUAAUUCGGAGAAUAAUGCAGUGUCUGGAUUUUUCUCUCCCACUGCUGUUUAUAAAGCUUUGUGGCGAAUCGAAAAAGGCAAGAAGGUGGAGGUAGCCAUCAAACUGCUGAAGCAGGAAGAACUUUUUAAAGAUUUUAUACGACUUACCACUCAGUGGAGUCAAUUGAAAUGCAAAGAAUUUGUCAGAGCUUUCGGUUUAACAUUUGAACCUGCACAAGGAAUGGUUCUAGAGUUAGUAAACUUUGGCCCAUUGGACGUGUAUUUGCAACGAGAGAGUCAAACUGUAAAAACUGUUGAUUUAAUUGAAGCCGCUACUAGUCUUGCGAAUGCUGUUUUUCACCUAGAAGAAAAAGAAAUCAUUCAUGGUAACUUGAGAUGUCGGAAACUUCUUGUUUAUCAACAUACUGACAAAAAUUUUAUAGUUAAACUCAGUGAUCCGGGAUUAUUUAGAUAUGGACCAUCAGACAUUCACUGGUUACCAUUGGAGUGCUACCAUCAUCCGGAUUUAGCGAAACGUAGCACAGAGGCAGAUAUUUGGGCCGUGGGUACUGUAAUUUGGGAAAUCUUUUCUCGAGGUGGGACUCUGCCUAUGAAGCCCAAUUUGGACUCUAUUAAAAAGUAUUACGCGAGUGGAAAACGUUUGCCAAUACCCAAAAAUUGUUCGGUGGACAUUUAUCAAGUGAUGCUCGAGUGUUGGGAGGAGGACAAAGACACACGAAAGAAAGCGCAAGCUAUUGUUCGAGAUCUUCGGCAUAUCAACUUGGCUAUUUACAGUUCUAGAAGAAAUCACGUCUACGCAACGGCACUUCCGAAACUACUGAAGAACACCGUUCAUGAUGGAGACGAAGGUCUCGAAGUGGACUCAUCGGAUUGUGAAUCCCGAGCCAGUAGUCUGUUUACCGAUCACACGAGUUUACAUUGGGAUGACACGGAUGACCAUGGAUCAGGACACUUUAUGGAUCCAACAGCAACCGCAGAGGACUUUACAGCUUUUCUUGACUUACUGGCAGAAUCGGGAAUCGGCGACAGUUCGAGUGUAAAUGAUUUUUCGGAAGAAAACGGUUUUCUCGGUCAAAUGCAGGGUAUUUUUGAGUUAACGUCAGAUUGCAAUGUUAUCCUCCAGGGGAAAAUAGGCCAAGGAUUUUAUGGAGAAGUCUAUCGAGGUACUUUGGAGAAGGAAAAUUCCAAAGACUCCGAACCGCAGAGAGUUGCAGUGAAGAAACUCAAAAUGCGAUCUGUGGAAGCUGAUUUACGCGACUUUGAGAGGGAAAUAUCUAUAAUGAAGACUUUAAAACAUCCAAAUGUGGUGGAAAUUCUUGGUGUCAUUUCUGAACCUGACGUUUGUUUGGUGAUGGAAUUUUUGAAACAUGGAUCGCUGCAAAGUUACUUGGCUAUUAAUCAUGAAGUUCUGAAGGAGAAAAAGUUGCUGCACUUUGCGCUCGAUAUUUCUACGGGGAUGGAAUAUCUUGGACAGAAGAGUAUUGUGCAUCGGGAUUUAGCCGCGAGGAAUAUUCUCGUGGCUGAUGAGGAUCGAGUGAAGAUUAGUGAUUUCGGCCUGGCGCAAGUGAUGGGGAAGAAUGAUUAUUACAUUCUACAGACUGACAGGGACUUGCCGAUUAAAUGGUAUGCGCCAGAAAGCUUGAGAGAUGGAAAGUUUUCGCCAAGAUCCGACGUUUGGUCCUUUGGUGUAACGCUGUUUGAGAUGUUUAGUUUCGGCGAAGAUCCAAAGCUCCCCGACGAAUCAAUUGGUAAAAAUAAACGUGAUGGGUGUAAAAAUAGCGAAGAGGAAGGUAGCGCUGAACUUCUCGCAGCCCUCGAAAAAGGAAUGCGACUGCCGUGUCCUCCGAAAUGUCCGGCCGAAAUUUACGCGAGAUUAAUGAAUCCCUGUUGGGCUUGGGACAGUCAUAACAGACCUGACUUUCUCACAUUGUGCAAUGAAAUAAAAGACUUGAUUAUUUUUUUUUAAUUACUUAACUUUUGUGCCAUACUUAUAAUUGUACAGCCUUUUUUUCAUUUCUUGAGUUUGUCUUUUAUUCAACUCUCGGCUACAUUUUCUUUAAACUCCACACAAUGUUACAUGAAAAAUGAAAAUUCGUCAAGAGACUUUUUUUUAUAUCGAAAGCUCGUAAGUGAUAAAUUAAGAAUCUAAAAAAUUAAUUUUUAGUCCCAAUUGUAUUUUGUGUGGAGUCUUGUAAAUAUCAAUUUUCAAUUCUUCUCUACUCGCAUUAAUUUAACAUUUAAAUUUCAAAUUUACCUUGGUUUGUAAAAUUACAGUGUUGCUGUAUGAAAAUUUGAAAUUGAAAUGCAAUUUUUAAAUUAUUAAAUUUAAUGAAUUAAGUGCCUGAAAAACGAGUAGAAGAGGGAUGAUAAUAAUAAUAGAGAGAGAGAGUGUAAAGAUAAAAUUUUUUCUUUACUUAAAGUCUUUAAUAAUACAUUUUUAAUUAUUUGUACAAAAAAUGUAAGUAAAAUGUACGAAAACGUUUUGUAUUAUGUACCGUAAAUAUAGCGUGACGCCAUUUAUGAACGCUUCUAUUGUAUAUGUAAAAAUAUGUAUAAAUUAUAUGUAUAAAUUAAAUAUAUAUUUCACAUUUCAUACUUUA